AUGGGCGUUCAAGAGCGUAUAGCCGACAUCGAGAAGGAGAUGAGCAGGACCCAGAUUAACAAGGCCACUGAGCGCCACUUGGGUCUCCUCAAAGCCCAGCUUGCAAAACUUCGUGCUCAACUUGUCGAAGAAGCAUCAAAAGGUGGCGAUGGUGGUCCACAAUUCGAUGUUGCAAGAACCGGUGAUGCUCGUGUUUGCCUGUUCGGUUUCCCUUCUGUCGGUAAAUCGUCUCUUCUUUGCAAAUUAACAGAUAAACAAUCUGAAAUUGGUGAUUACGAUUUCACAACACUUACAGCUGUACCAGGUAUUCUUCAAGUAAACGGUGUAGAUAUUCAGCUUCUCGAUCUUCCUGGUAUUCUUCAAGGUGCUUCCACUGGCUAUGGUAAAGGUAAGCAAGUUCUUGCUGUCGUUCGCUCCUGCGACCUCAUUGUUUACGUUAUCAAUGCUGCCAAAGCUGAUGUUGAAAUUGAAACUCUUACAAAUGAACUUCAUUCCUUCGGUAUUCGUGUAAAUGAUACUCCACCAAUGGUUGAAAUCACACCAAUGGUUCGUGGUGGUGUUACAAUUGACUGCGUUGUUCCACAAACACACUUAGAUAUUGAAAUGAUGAAAUCAUUAGCUACAGCCAACAGAUUUAGAUCCGGCCAUAUUAGAAUUACAGAAGACGUUACAAUUGAUAGAUUUAUUGAUGCAUUUAACAUCAAGAAUUUGAGAUAUAUCCCAGCCAUGUUUGUUUACAACAAAGUUGACACACUUACAAUCGAAGAAAUCGAUCGUCUUGCCCGCCUUCCAAAGUCUGUCGUUACAUCUGUCAUCUACGACCUCGGCCUCGACUCAAUCAAGCAAAAGAUCUUCAAUGAGCUCAAUAUUUGCAGAGUUUACACAAAGCCACCUGGUGAUAAGCCAGACUUCGGAAAGGCUGUUCUUCUCCGUAAAGGACAGACAGUUCGCGAUCUUUGCAACGCAAUUCACAAAGAUCUCGUAGAUAACUUCAAAGGCGCUGUUGUUUGGGGAAGAAGUUGCAAGAGACCAGGCCAAAUCGUUGGUCUUUCUCAUGUCCUCGAAGAUGAAGAUGUUGCUUGUAUCAAGACUGGUAAGUAA